AUGAUUUCGUGUCUUGAUGAUGCCUGCCUGGUGAAAUUACAAAUAUUUUCCCAGUUAUUUUUAACUAUGGAACCGAACGAGUUUGUUUCAAGUGGUCUACUUGCAAAGCGAUACCGAGACAUGAUACCGAGUGUUCUGGAGGGCUCAAUUAUUUCGACUCUUUCAAUGAACCGUGACGGCUCCAAUACCGGUUACCCUUCUUCAGUCAAGCUACCCCUUGCAUUAACUGUUCCGGCUAACUGCAUUGCAUCCAUACGUAAAACUUAG